UCAAGGGUCUUUCUAUUUUGAUGUCCCUCAUCUCCUUUUAGGUCCCUUCAUUCCUUUGGAAAUAUGGCACUCUUUAGAAACAGGCCAGAUCUGGUGCAGGGAAAAGAAAAAGGGACAUGAAAUUAUUUGGUCUCUGGAUGAAGGGUUAGCAGUUUCCCCACACUGCACCUCAUGGACUCCCUGGCAAGAACAAACAAGAUUUACAAAACUUUUUGCAAGACCAUAGGUUUGAUGGAUGGCUGUCUUUUCCUGGUUCCCACUCCUCCUCAUCAUCAUGGUAAAGACCGACUACUCAGAGCCAGUUUUAAGUGAGAGGACUGAGCUGCCUUGCUGCUCCCUGGUCUCUUGUGGUACCCCUGGGGCAAAUGGGGCUCCUGGAAAAGAUGGAAGAGAUGGGCUCAAGGGAGAAAAAGGAGAACCAGGCCAAGGGCUCAGAGGUAUCCAGGGCCCCCCAGGGAAAAUGGGGCCUCCAGGGCAACAAGGGUCAGCAGGAGUUCCAGGACUACGAGGCUUGAAAGGAGAUAAAGGAGACAGCUCAGUUUCUUUGAAUAAGCUAUCAACCUUGGAAAGAAAAAUCCAGCACCUUGAGACACAACUGGAAAAUAUCAAAGAGUCUUUUCUCAGACUGGCCACAACCUCAGAUAAACAAAUCCAGACCCUUCAAGCUCAAGUGGAGAAGAACAAAAAUCUUCUGGCCUUCUCCUUGGGCAAAAAGGUUGGGAAAAAACUGUUCCUAACCAAUAGAGAAAAAGCCAAUUUUGACAGAGUGAAAGUUCUUUGUGAGCAAGUGGAGGCCACCAUCGCAACCCCAAAGAAUGCAGAGGAGAAUAAAGCUAUCCAGAACUUGGCCAAUGGCACCCCUGCUUUUCUGGGUAUCACAGACAAAGUUCAAGAAGGACAAUUUGUAUAUAUAACAGGAGAGAGAAUGACCUACACCAACUGGAGGGAGAAUGAACCCAAUAAUCAUGGAUCUGGGGAAGACUGUGUAUUAUUGAAUAAUGACGGAUCAUGGAAUGAUAUAUCCUGUACAACUUCCCUGCUUGCUGUCUGUGAAUUUCCUGUCUGAAUGGGUCCCUUACUGGGGAUUGAAUGUUGAAGUCCUUUAUUUGUGACUCCAUAUCAAUGAUACCAGAAAUGAAUGCUGGAAUGUUGUAAGCUUGACAUUCAGUUGCCAUUUUCUGUAUUUAAACACAUAAUUAAAAUACCCAACUCACUUUUAA